AUGAGGCAAGAAAAGCAAAAAAAGAAGGCAGGAGAGAAAGCGAAAAGUAAAAGUCAAGACUGCUGUGUCACUUUUAAACUCGAAAUUUUGCUUUCUGCGCAUGCCCGAACUUCACAAGCUGAUAUUUUGCAUCUGGAUCAGAAGGCCGCCAAGUGUACGACCUGUAAACCGGUUUGUGGUAAGUUUUAGCUCUUUAUAGCACGACAGUUACCAGAAAACCACUCGACUAGCUUCAAAACGCGUUUUUCGGCAAAAUCUCCAGGAGCGAAUGGGUUAACCUAUUGGGAAUAUUUGUUAUAUAUUUGCCUAGUCUGGGUAAUAGGGGGUGUAGACGUAUGACAUUUCAGACUAACGUUUGCCUCAUUAGCACAUUGGCCUCAUUUGCGUGUCAGUUUCUGAUUGAGGUGCCCGUCAUGCUAAAAGAAUGAAUUAUGUAAUUCUUUUGCUUGCCACCAGUGAUUAAUGUUUUGAUAUGAUAUGAAAGCCUAAUGCCCCCAACCAGGCGAGCCUCAUUUUGGGGUCAAAAUCCCCACUUUAUGGAGCUAAACUCUAGUCAAAUGCCUGGGGUAUGCCGGGGAGUGGGGUGGGUGGUUUUGGAUUUGAUUGGUACAUUUAAGCCCCAAUAUCGACUUACAAAUUCUCCAGACUGAUUUCCAUUGGUUAGACUUACCGGUUUAUUCAAUUAAGCACCCAACCUCAAAUUAGUGCUCACCUGGAAUAAGUGCCCAUCCUGUUGGGAGGAAAAUUUAACAAGUGCCCAGCCUUGAAGAAGACGCCACCCACAACCCUCUCCCCCACAACAACAACAACAACAAAAAAUAUUGGAGUGGACAAGAAGAGUUGGCUGUUAUUUCUUUUCUGCACUAUCUGCUUCUCGUUGUAUGACCCAUUUGCAGACGUUAAACUGUGAGACAUCUACGAGGCAACACCAGAGAGUUCGCUUAACGAUCUUACUGACAAUGAGAUAGAAAUUGACCAGGUACAGUGCUACAAAGAGAUUUUCCCGAAGACCAAGUUGUUAGUAUUUUUAUUUUUAAAAAACUUUUAAAUGAACAGUUUAAAUUCAUCUCUGGCACAUCUCCGAAUAAUUAACAAUUAAUAAAUGAGGCUGAGUACAGUAUCUUAUGAAGAAUUAUGGAGAUCGAGGAGGGUGUUAUCCAUCGAGGUCGUAGGCCAAGGCGGAUAACACCCUCCGAAAUCUCCAUAAUUCUCUUAUGAUGCGAAAGCCGAAUUCAAUAAUGGUUUUAUUAUUCAUUCAAAAUAAUUCCUAGUUUAAAAGCAUAGCUAAAACAUGCAUACCUCCAUCGAUGUUAAGUUCAUCUUCAAUAGUGCACAUUUAGGGUUGUUCAGCUCCGCAAAUAUUCUCCAAAUAGCAGAUGUCACCCUUCUUGAAACGAGUCAAAUGUCCGCCAUUUUUGUUUUCACAACCAAAACAACUCAACGUCGUCCCCACAUCGUCUCGGUUAACAGUGCAUAAAUCUGCAAGGAAACUGCACUUUUGACGUCAUUGGUUGAUAAAUCACAAAAUUCUUCCAAAUUUGGUCAUCAGUAGCCAGUUAUGGUGAAUUAUGCGUGUGUGUUUAGCCAAACAGAAUCGGGGAAGUAUUUUGAAUGAAUAAUAAUGAAAAUUUAAUAAUCGCCCAGCCUCGAAAAAGCGCCUACUCUCAAGACCCAAAAAUUUAAUAAGACUAAGGUGCCUAAUAAAAUAAAUGCAAUUAUUGAAACAAUCUGAUAAAAUCAUGAAAAAUCAAAGCAUUUUCUCUUUAGCGAUUUUUAUCAAGAGAUAAUGAGAUCAUUCUCUCUUGUUUUUAUUAAUUUUCAUAUCCGUUUGUCUUGAUGAUGACAGUGUGUAUUGAUAUUGUAAAAGAGAAACGUUGUGAAAAGUGUCCCUCUCUGUCUGUUCAAUUCAGUUGAAUGCGCAUUAUUUUUACGAAUGCAGGAGCCCAUGACUAGUCAUGGGCCCCUGAGGGAUGAAAAAGGAAAUUAUUUCGAUAUGAGAAUCAUUGUUAUAUAUCUUUUUAAAGUUUUUAGUUAGUUUGUUUGCUUGUUUACAGUCUUUACAAUUUCUUCAACUCGAAUACUCUUGUUUUCUAA